CUGGCGUUCGAACAAACAUAGUCAACAACAUCGCUCCUAGAUUGCAAUGGACGUAGACAGCUAAUACAGUAGAAACUAUAAUCAGCAGCAAGAGAUUCAGGAUGGCUAGCAAAAGGAACUUCGUGAGGCCAGCACGUUCGUUUUCACCGAUUUUGUCCUCGCUUUUAAAAGAGGCCAGGGUGACUCACCCCGACGAAAUGAGAGGAGCCUCCCGCCAGAAACAAAAUGCCCUAAUGCAUAAACAGAUCAGCACAUUUGAAAAGCUAGUUCAGCAUGGCAUGUCAAAGUUUUCUAAAGAUAAACUGCAUCGUAUGCUCACAGAUCUUGUUCCCAUUGAUACCAAGGUGACCUCUUUUGGUGAACUGAAACAAUUGGUCGAAAAUGUGGGAAAGACGGGUUCGUACAGUGACGGGGUCACUGUCGCGAAAUAUUUUACGGCAUUUUUGAACGACAUUGAAUAUUUGAGAAAAAUGAAAGCUCAUUUUGACGAAAGAAUUUAUUCUGUGCUUUAUGAAUUUUACUACGACCCCGUCGUGGAAGACGUUAUUUCAGUGAAAAGGGACAUGGGAACGAACGCAAAACAUUCUAGGCGAAAAGCCGAAAUUCUGAGAAGACUGAAUCAGGCGCAAAAUUUACCCGGCGUGCCUUCUUUCAAUGAGUUGGCAGAGGAAAGUGAAAAUCUGUCUCUCGCAAUGGCGGAAUUAAAAGAUUUAGAUCAACAAUGGCAAAUGCUUCUAGACGAUGACGAAGUGGACGGCAAUCUAUUUGACGACGAAAGCUCACAGGAACUACUUUCGUUCGCCAAUUACAAUCAUUUCGAGCACGUAUUCAGAUUUGUGCCGGAUGUGCUGCUGAAGAGCUACAAUGCAAUUGAACUAGCGAAACGGUGGUUGGUCUCCGCCGAGAAAAUUAACAAUAUGUUAUAUAAGGAGAAGCGAGUCAAUGAUAAUGGCACGGCAGACGAUAACGCGAAGCUUGAUGAUGAGGGACAAAUAUCGGUUGACAAGUAUGUCGAUCUUGAGGAUCCUCGUAACCAUGACAACAUGGACUCUGGAAACGAGGCUGGUGAUGAAGAAGAUGAUAAUAAUUCAGUAGCAAUAUCGAAUGACUCGGAAAACAUCAGUGACAUGAUUCACGAAUUGGAAGAACGUCUUCGCGACCUUAUUCGGAGCAUUAACCGGCACGAGGACGAUUUACAAGUACACCAGGAUGACCUGGAGAGAUUAAUUAAUCGCGAAGCGCGAGUUGGACAACUGGCCGGACAUCUUGAAAAAACGGUGACGAAUAAGGAAUCUAUACUUGUUCGGAUACAACAGGCGAACGAGCAGAAAGACGAACUAAUGGACAAAAUUAGGAGAGUGAAAAGAGACUCAGUCCAGUAUCGAGACUUGUAUGGAAAAUUGGCAAAAUUGGACGAAAAUCUGACCGAACUAGAAUAUUCUUCUCACUAUCAUAAUUAUGAGCACAAUAUAUUGGUUGGUGAUCUGAACGUUGAAUUGGAAGUACAGCCAAGUAUGAUAAGAUUUGUUGGGGAUGUGCAGGACAAGAUUAAUCAGCUUCAAACUUGGCUAUUGGAGAAAAAAUCGGAGAAGCGUCGGGUGGAGAAGGAACUGGUACUUUUAAGGAAUAGUACCGAUGACGUGGGUCGUAGUCCUAUUGAAACGGAUCCGUCACGCCCUACAUCAUCUGAACUUGAGAUGUUACGACCCAAGACGUCGGAUACCGUCAUCAUCUCGCGGGCAGAUCCGAAAACGCGGACGCGCCCGACAGCGGGUGGUAAUAGUGACCCCGACAAAUUGAAGCUUGACGCGAAGGAUGCUGGGAACGGUGAGUUGCGACCCAAACCAAAAAUACACCACCGCAAAACGGAGAGUGGUGGGGGCAACCAAAAAGAUAGCCCAAAGCUUUCAAAUAACAAUGAUACAAAACGAAAAAACGAAAAUGUAGGGGACAAUACCAUCGAUAAAACAUCUGCUGCAGCUCCAAAAUAUUCUACUUUUUUAACUGACAAUACCUCCGAGAUAUCAGAUACGAUAGAGUUUACGAAAGCACGUGUACAUCCGAGAAAUCAGAAGCCAGAAGAUAUCGGAAAAAGUCAAAGAACUAAAGUUUCUCCCCCAGCGAACACUUCACAACCGCGGCGUGGUAGUCGAAUUCCGGCUAAACUGAUGGAUUCGUAUACGUUUGAUCUGAAACCAGUAUUUACUGCUUUUGCAAAUAAUGAACAAAGAGUAUGGCUAAUUGUCGACCAAUGCAAUAUUAUGGAUGUGAGAAUGGUGUUACAUUCACAAAAAGCUCCAUAUCAGAUGACAACGAUCAAAUAUGAUGCAUUCGAUGGAAUAUCUAACGAUCUUACAACACUUGUGCAUCUCGUCAUCCACGACAUAGAAAAAUUUUGCCCAUACAACAGUGAUCAGGAAUCAAUUCGUACAUUGAAACCCAGCAACAAUGAAACCACAAUGAUUAUGCCACGUAGUGUAUUAGUAUUUGCUCAAUCUAACACUAUUCUUAUCCUCUGUUUGUCACCCAGAUUUAUCAGUGAUAAUAAGUUACCAUAUUUUCCUCAUGCUCUAUUUGAAGGGGAAUCCUAUAUAAGUUUGCGAUAUCUACAUGCUGAUCAUAAUGACAUCAGUAACAUGACUACUUACUCUGAUGACCAAUACACCGCUACAACUCUAGUGUACUAUAAUACGAAGAAGUACAAUGUGGAACUGUUUGGAACUGCACGUUAUUUACAAGAAUUAUAUCUGCAUUAUAAUUUGCUACCCUUUCUAAGGACUGGAACAUUCACCGAUUUGGCAACACUGCAGGUGCUGAAUUUAGCUGGUAACGGCAUUACAUUCACAGAAAUAAACACAUUUCCCGACUUACACUACCUUGGAAAUACUCUCUACAAUUGUAGUGAUGACUGUGAUAGCACAUUGAGGACUUUGGAUUUGUCGUAUAAUCAAAUUAGUUAUUUCCCAGAUUUGUCUUUCGACUAUUCUACCAGUCUUACUAAUCUAUAUUUGCAGAACAAUAAAUUGACAUUUCUAGUAGCUGAGACAUUUACUGGACUUAUAGAACUGCAAAUAUUGAAUCUUGAUAGUAAUGAUAUUAUAUCAAUAGAGAACAACACAUUUCCUGACAGCAUCAGAACAAUUUCACUGAACUAUAAUUAUUUCCGCUUUCUUCACGAAAAUCCAUUCUACAACCUGACCCAGUUGACCAGCUUAGAUUUGUCUGGUAAUGUUAUCGAUUACAUCCCAGAUACAGCGUUUGAUCAUUGCACAAGUCUAACAAAUCUCUACAUUGACGGUAAUCAACUUGGUCGUAUUUUAAACACAUCUUUUGAAGACUGCCCUCUAACGGGCACUCUGGAUUUAAGCAGUAAUGAAAUUGCGUAUAUUGAACCCGGCUCUUUCGAUCAUAUAACAUCGAUGUAUAGAUUGGAUUUAUCAAAUAAUCACCUGACAUCAUUACCAAGAGGCGGUGACUUUGUGAACAUUAAUAUCAACAGACUUAUACUGUCUAACAACAGAAUUACAUCAUUACUUGGCGAGACUUUUCAAAACAUGACUGGUGGCUACAUUCUUUACCUGACAGGUAAUCCACUAAAUACAUUAUCGCCGUAUUCGUUUAACGACGUUGGAGCUUCGUACCUAUACUUGUAUGAAAACCAGAUUGAAAAGAUUGAGUCAGAGGCUUUCAGCGGAACGGUUGGAUACCUAUAUCUGUAUAGAAAUAAGAUUGAAAUUAUUGAGUCAGAAGCAUUCACUGGAAUUUUUCGAAUUUAUCUUUACUCUAAUUUGAUCAGAACUAUCAACAGUCCAAUGUUUGGGAGUGGAUCAACAGCGUACAUAUUAGAUCUGCAUGACAACAAGAUUUCGAAAUUGACUGCUGAUGUCUUCACAGGGGUGAACAUCGUGUAUAGUCUUUACUUGGAUAAUAAUCUAUUGGCUGAGCUUCAAGACGGCGUCUUUGAUGGUCUGAAUAGUCUAGAGACACUAUUAAUAUCCCAUAAUGCAAUAGAAUAUUUACCAACAUUACCAGUGCUUACAAAACUCCGGAGACUAGAUAUGUCGUACAACAGUAUUGAAGCUAUAGGACCAGCUGCUUUUCAAAAAUUAAACGCGGACCUGUUUAAAGACGUUAAUUUUGCAAAUAAUCCAUUGGGGUGUGACUGUAUUACGUAUUAUUCAUUGAAGUAUAUGAAUGAGUCAAUUAAAGGUGGUGAAUGUGCAAUGCCUGCUGCUGCCAGUGGUGUAACAUGGGUAUACAGUGACAAAGAAGAAGAUAAUUACUUUGGCAAUGUGAACAAGAAGGUGUUUCUGUGUGCUGCUGCUAGUGUCAAUACAAGUGCACCUCAUCUUUACGAGUUAUUAGUAGUGUGGAAUGAACCCACUGAAGAAUAUCCUGGCGGUCCUACCAGCCGCAGUGAUACAUGGGAAUAUAUAGUAAUGUGUGUAAAUGCUGCUGUAAGCACCCUGAGUGUAACAACAACUGAUCUAUCUCAUCUUUUCACUGCAUCUGAUGGCGUACAAGCUGGUGUGGAUUACACAUGUACAGUUCAAAUGAGACUUGGUACUGACAUUAGUGCAUCCGGACAACCUUCCUAUAUCUUGACUUUAGAAACUUUGCCAACAACGAAUUUAACAGAAAUAAGACCUGUCGAUUACAUCCUUCCAAUCACAUACUAUGACUUUAGUUUAUAUCACCAAGAUUUCACUUACGGAGACGAUACAGUGAAGAUAGAUGCUCCCAAGUUUGUUUUCAGUCCCUAUGGUAGUUGGCUGACAAUAUCCGACGCGCCUAAAAAUGACACGUUCUCUGAAUGGUUUCGGGAUACAGACAGUAAUUUUAAGUAUGAACAUGUAUUACUGUUUCCCUGGAAUGACACUUCAGGAAUAGCAGAUAAUAUGCACAUUUUCUUUUCUGACGCUUAUUGGCCAAUGGAUACCCUGGGUUAUAGAUCAGAAGGAGUACAAUAUGACUGCAAUUCACAGCUUAGAAACUUGGGCUUUACCAAUGCAAUCCGAGCUGGUUUCCGAUUUCAAGGCACAGAACGUAUAGUGGUUGGCGGUGCUGAUGAAUUGUGGUUAUUUAUAAAUCAAGUGUACAUGAUUCAAGUUCAUUCAGACUCAACACAAUCAGCUGAAAUCGCUUGUAAACAAAUUGAUUUGAGUAGUGUUGCUGAUUCUGGAGGUGCAUAUAUUGUUCCACGGAGAGGGACAGUGGUUGAUGGAAAGUGUAAUGUUACAGAGACACUCCCAGAUGAACAAGUGUUCAUCAAUCUUGAGAUCGACAACGUCUAUCGUUUUGAUAUUUUCCUUACUGAAAGAUUUGGAUGUAAUUCGUCAUUCUACUUAGAAACAGAAGGAACAGAGUUUGUAGAAUAUGAUGUAGAGCCACCGUUAGAUUACCUUGUAAAACCAGAUGAAGAUUUUCAUGUUGGUGGAACUAUAGAAACUGUUGUAAUAACAGAUGCAUUCUCAGUUGGUGAUUACAAUGUAACCAUUUUACAAGGAAAUGAAGCACGUCAUUUCACUAUUAUUGAGGAUACUCCGGCUAACCGUGUUGAUGUACUACGAACUACUACUGUAAGUGCCCCAGUUACGGAUACAGUCAAUGGAACUACAUUCUUGUUAUGCAUGGAGCCUUCCGUCAUUAAUGAGGAAGCAAAUGUUCCAGGAACACAAGAAUUCCGCAUUACAACCAAUACAAUAUUGAUAAGGCUGGACAGUGAAUUAGAUUAUGAAGCUGCGUAUCAAUACAUACUCAUUAUCCGUGUUAUUGAUAACAAUGCAUAUCUGACAGAAAAUGGUAAAAUUGUUGUUAAGAUCGUUGUUCAAGAUGUAAACGACAACUGUCCGGAAUUGAAUGAUUCAUCGAUUAUUAGCCUGUACCCCCAACCUGUCCUAAUAUCGGACUCACUUAUUCUUGUCAAUGCAAGUGACAUUGAUAGCAGUUUAAACGGAGAAGUUUCUUACCAUGUUUCAGAAUACAGUGUGAGAUCCUUGGAUGGCAACAAGAUUAAAAGGAUAACUAAAACAAAUCUUGCCGUACUUACCAGUCCAACAUUCCAACACUUGAAUGUGAGUAACAAUGUCAUCAACUACAUUUCGAUCAAUGCCUUGAGUCAGCUGCGUAAUCUGGCAAUUCUGGUUUUACAUUCACAAAAAGCUCCAUAUCAGAUGACAACGAUCAAAUAUGAUGCAUUCGAUGGAAUAUCUAACGAUCUAACAACACUAUAUCUGCAUUAUAAUUUGCUACCCUUUUCUAAGGACUGGGACAUUCACCGAUUUGGCAACACUGCAGGUGCUGAAUUUAGCUGCUACCUUGGAAAUACUCUCUACAAUUGUAGUGAUGACUGUGAUAGCACAUUGAGGACUUUGGAUUUGUCAUAUAAUCUAAUUAGUUAUUUCCCAGAUUUGUCUUUCGACUAUUCUACCAGUCUUACUAAUCUGUAA